AUGUUUGAUACUCAUGGAAUCAUUUGCAUGAUUUGGUGGUGUAUGAUGCUAUUUCAUCCCUCGCAUGCUGACAUCCAGUGUACGGGUUCAGAAGCACAAGAAUCACCUAUUACAAAUGUGAAAAUGAACUGGAGAAAAAUGGAACUGUCCUGGGAGAGCAGCAAGAAUUUCUCUAAGUACAACUGUACCAUCAUGGACAAGAACAAGGAUAACACGACCUAUCAGGUGACUAUUUCACGAUGCAGGUUUCCAGUGGAACGAUACAUUCCUCUGCACAAAGGGGUAUUCUUCAUCAUUGAAGUGCCAAACACAAACAUCUCAAAAAACUGCACCUUUAUUCGUAGAGGCAUGAAAGGGUCGGCCAUUGAAAAUUUCUCCUGUGUGAUUUAUAACAUUUCCCUCAUGAACUGCACUUGGCAGGCAGGCAGGGAUGCUCCAGGAGAUACCCACUAUUUUCUCUACUGGCAGAACUCGAUAUAUGAUGAUGCAAUGGAAUGUGAGCUUUACAUUAAAGAUGAAAAUGGCAGAAACACGGGAUGCAGAUUCCAAAAUGUGAAGAUAGCAACUGAAAAAGCUUACUUCUUGGUGAACGGGUCUAGCAAAGACGCCCUGAUCCAGUUCUAUGAUGAGUACAUUCAACUGUAUAAAAUUGAAAUACUCACUCCUCCAUUAAAUGUUGCUGUCAAUUAUACUAGAGAUUCAUCGAGUUGCGUAAUUACAUGGCAAACACCCCUUACAAGUCAUUUGCGAAAAGGAGAUUGUUUUGAGUAUGAAAUUAGCAUACGAAACAAGGAUAAACCCAAAGAAGAGGAAAACGAUCUACCUGUAAGAGUAAGGAACAACAGAUACGAAUUCCAAAAUUACAAUGAGAAAAAAAAAUACAUUCUGAAAAUCAGAGCACGUGGAAAAAACUGUGACAUAAGCCCAAACUGGGGGGAAUGGAGUGAACCCAUUGAGUUUGGUGAAGGGAAAGAUCCCUUUGUGUUUUUAUUUCUGAUAGCACUUGGAACAAUCUCAGUGAUACUGCUCCCAUAUUUUCUUUUCAAAAGGUACUGCAGUUUCAAAAGCAUAUUUUCUCCCAUUCCGCAACCAAGAGACAAAUUUAAUGCAUCAAAUGAUGAAGAUAUCCAGACAGAGUAUGUAAAGCUACCAAAAAAAAGUUGUAACGAGGAAAUAACUAUAGUUGAAGAGAUGACCUAA